AUACCUAAAAUUAUGUUUUUUCUUAUAUAAUCAAUCCCGGAUAGUUGGAGAAAAAUCUAAGCUCAUUAAUAUGGCAGAUGAGAGUGGGACUACACCCCAUUAUCAUUAUUAAUUGUGUUGCAUCUCUAUAUAUUUGGCUGAUGACGUUAUUGCCUAAACACAAGCCAUUGAGAAGAGGAGACGUGCGUUUCCUCUCUUUCUUGAGCAUCUUCCUUUAUUUCUGUUCCAGCUGAUGUGCGCUAUAUAUAUGUAUUGAGAGAGAGAGAGAGAGAAUUAAAAGCAAGCUAGUGACACUGAAAUAUAUAGCAAGAAGAUCAGAUGGAUGAUGGGGAGGAGGCUAUACACCACGUUGUUGAUCUGCAAGAGAUUGGUGGCGGUGGAGACGGAGUUAUGGACCCAUUAAUGAUUUCUUCUUCUUCUUCUAGCCAUGCCAAAAAGGAUGAUAAAAAUGGAAAGGAAGAGAAGGAAGAAAAAUGGGAGAAGGACGAGGUGGAAUUAUUAAUAGAUCAAAAACUACAGGAGGUUGGUUCCUCUCCGUCGGAUUAUAGUAUAUACCGACUACCUGCGACACAGGUGAAUGAAAUGCCAGAAGCCUACAUACCUCACAGGGUCUCCAUUGGCCCUAUCUACCAUGGUUGGCAACACUUAAAAGCCAUGGAAGCACGUAAGAUGCAGUGCUUGCAAAAGUUUCUGAAUCGAGAACCACCUGAAGCAGCUGCAGCAACCUUGUCUGAUUACAUUAAAGCCGUGAGAGAUUUGGAAGAAAGAGCUUACCAAUGUUAUGCAGAAGUUGAUGUGGAAAAAUUUAAAGGACAAAGUUUUGUGAUGAUGAUGGUGGUGGAUGGUUGUUUCCUACUUAAGCUACUACUAGACUGGAACCACGAAGAUAAAACUUUCUCGGAAGCGAAGUGGAGUUUUAUAGUUUUACAUGACCUGAUUUUGGUUGAGAAUCAGCUUCCAAUGUUCGUUCUCGAUGAAUUAUACCGAGUAUUCAUCAAAGGGAUGAGGAGUGAUAUAUGUACCCAGCGGCUCUAUGGUCAUAUAAGUGACGUCUUUGUACCUAGAAUUUCGAGAAUGCUCCUUGGCAAGGACAACAUAAUCGAUAAAUCCUCUCCAAACAUUCAACAAUUAAUACAAGACACACCAAAACAUUUGCUUGAUUUUGUUCGACGAUUCCUCAUUUCACCACCAUCUCCAAAAAGUUUUAAGUCGCAUUUGCGUUCUGCACGAGCUUUCGCCCCUUCUGGCCUCUGUGGGGGCCGAGACGGAGAUCCUCCAGAGGAAGUUGAUAUUUUAUCUUUCAUUAAAGAUAAUAAGGUACCACGUAUCCGGUGUGCGAGAGAGCUGGAGAAGGCCGGUGUCAAGUUUCAGAAGAACAAUAAUCCGACAAGCUUGACGGACAUAAAAUUCGACGACAACACCGGAGUUCUGACGAUCCCAGGUCUAGUAAUUGACCAUCGAACAGAGAGUAUCCUCCGAAACCUCGUUGCCUACGAGCAAUACACCGACGAUUAUAGUAAUAUCACGGAGUAUGCAGCCUUCAUGGAUGGUCUCAUCGAUUCUCGUGAGGAUGUGGACUUGCUGAACGAGUAUGGAAUUGUUGUGAUCAUGCUCGGGGAUCCAACUCAGGUGUCUCGAUUAUUUAACAAUCUUCUCAAAGAUGUCGUGGUACCUAUAUGGGAUACUGUCCCUGUCCGCGUUAGAUUGGAGCACUGUUACAAUAUACGAUGUCACAAGUGGAAGGCAAGCCUGAUGCUUAACUAUUUCAAUUCUCCAUGGUCAUUCAUAUCACUUGUUGCUGCCAUUAUUCUCCUCACCUUGACGGUCAUACAGACCAUUUAUGCUGUCCUAGCUUAUUAUCAUCAUUAGAUUAGAAUUUGCAAUGUUAAUGUUGAUCGAAUCUCUUUUAUAUAUAUACAUUAAUGAACUUUAACUACUUUAGUUUCCUAGCU